AUGGCUUCUGCACUUUGGAAGGCUGAGGUCCUUGGGCCUCUCCUGCCAACACUUCUGCUGGCAUUAGCAGCUGGGAAGCCUUUCAUCUCUCUGAAGGGCCCAGAGCAGAGGAUGGUCACUUCAAAUUCCGUGACUUUUACCUGCACCGCUGGCCUUUUCAGCUCCAAGAACCUCAGUGUUAUCUGGUUGAAGGACAAUAAUGAACUUCUAGCCUCAGCCCCACAAUUGGUGCCUAUCAGCAAAGAUGUUUACUAUGUCACAAGCAAGUCAUCAGUGGCAUUGGCCAAACAAGAUAUCUUUUCUCAGAUCACCUGUGAAGUCACCCAUGGGGACCUUGAUGAGCCCCUAAAAAUGACCAUCAAUCUCUCUCAAGUGCUCCUAGUUAUCCCCACAAUGAAUAUCACCAUGAUCCGUGAUCAUGCUCAUCAAAGAGUGAACCUGACUUGCCAUGUAAACCACUUCUACCCCCAAAAUGUGCAACUCACCUGGACUAAGAAUAAGAACAAGAUCCUGACUCCUGAGAUCUCUCAGGCCACCAGAAACUCUGAUGGGACAUACUCUCUAAAGCACACAUUGCAGGAAGAUGCCAAAUCAAAUGAGAGCACCUUUAGCUGCUGGGUGUUCCAGUAUGACCAGCCUCCACUGUGGAUCAGCAUCACCCUGGGAGCUCAGGCCUCCCAUAAGCACAAAGCUGGGAAGCCUUUCAUCUCUUUGAAGGGCCCAGAACAGAGGACAGCCACUUCAAAUUCAGUGCCUUUUAACUGCACCGCUGGCCCUUUUAGCUCUGGGUACUUCAGUGUUAACUGGUUGAAAGACAAUGUUAAACAUCCAGAUUCAGCCUCACUGGUGCCUAUCAGCAAAGAUGUUUACUAUGUCACAAGCAAGUCAUCAGUGGCAUUGGCCAAACAAGAUAUCUUUUCUCAGAUCACCUGUGAAGUCACCCAUGGGGACCUCGAUGAGCCCCUAAAAAUGACCAUCAAUCUCUCUCAAGUGCUCCUAGUUAUCCCCACACUGAAGAUCACCAUGAUCCCUGAUCACGUUCAUCCAAGAGUGAACCUGACUUGCCAUGUAAACCACUUCUAUCCCCCAAACUUGCAACUCACCUGGACUAGGAAUAAGACCAAGAUCCUGACUCCUGUGCUUCCUCAAGUCACCAGAAACUCUGAUGGGACAUACUCUCUAAAGCACACAUUGCAAGAAGAUGCCAAAUCAGAUGAAAGCAAAGUUAGCUGCUGGGUGUUCCAGUAUGACCAGCCUCCACUGUGGAUCAGCAUCACCCUGGGAGCUCAGGCCUCCCAUAUGGAGAAUGGAGAAGGCUCAUCUCCUUUGUAUCCUCAGGGCACUGUUGCUGUGGGAUGAUCCUUCUGUAUGCUGUGAGUCUGUAU